UUACACAUUUCAGAACGUUUCCUUCUUGCCGAUUCUUUUAUAACGCUUCCUAUGAAAAUUGCGCGUUUGCGAGGUGCAUAAUUGACAUUUUGUAGAGAAAUCUCUGCAUUGUUCAUUAAAAAGUGUUUUAUUUUAGCAAAAAUUAUUGACAUACCUAUGUUGGAGUUUGUUCGAACUUAUAUUCAGAAAUUGUAAUGCGAUAAGCAAGAUUUACAUAUUUAGUAGUGCUCUUGAAGUGUUUUCAGUGCUUUCGUUUUUCCUCUACGCUUUGUUCCGAUAUUCUCCAUUUUCAUCUUGGUAGGAGCUUUCGCAUUUUUUUGUUUAUUGUAUUAAAUAAACUCUGGUGCUUUACUGCAUUACAUGCAACGAUUUAAGAUGGCAGAAACAUGAGAAUACAAAGCAUUUAAAGGGAAUUUGAUAAAAAUUAAACUUUUCGAUGGCGAGUUCAGUGUUCGUUGAACGUUGCACCAAGCCCUUAAAGGGUGGUGUUGGCUCUGAAAAUGAAGUUGCUGUUUCAGAAUGCCCUGAUUCCAAUUUGGUUGUGGUCUAUGGAAAAAAAGGAGUGAACUUUGAUCAUCGAGGAAUAGAGAAUCUCAUUGAGGAAAAAACACUCUCCUCGAUAAGUGUUAUACGUUUAACGUCUCCAACGCCGAGUAUGAUAGAAGAAGAAAAAGAGGCAGAAAGAUCAGAAGAAUUUCUUCGUAGACAAGCUGAAGGUUUAUCUGACAUUGAAUCAAACGAUAGUAGUGAUAAAAAUAGCUCUAGCGAUGAUGAGGUCGCAUAUUACACCGGAAGUGAAGAGAUUCAUACAGCUGAUGAUGAAAAGAGUGAUGUUAAUGACGAAAAUUCCGCUGACAACGGUAAAUUCGAAACUCGAAAGAAGAAACGAAAGAAUAGAUGUAAGAUGCACACUAAAGGUAAAAUACUUAACAUUCAAAGUAAAUUGCCCAAAGAGCGUCCUGAUAUUAUUGGGUUGACAGUAGAAGAGUUUUAUCCGCCUGUAUCCGCAAAGGAAGUAGUGAAAGAAGCGCUAAAGUUGGCAGGGGUUUCAACAUUCAAACGUACCGCAGAUUAUGAGUUCCAGUUAUUUGUAAUUAAAAAUGAUCACUGCUACACUCCGUACACUUCACCUGCACAAAUGAAAGCAAAACUAGCCGAAAAAUAUAAGGCAGAAAAGCAUGCAGUAAUCGGACGAAAAAUAAUUCCUCACACUGCGAUAACUAUGAAGCAAUUACAAUUGAAAAAUAAAGUUUUUCAAGGUGCUAAUGACUUUGUUGAACUACCGAAUUUGCAAUCAGUUAAAGACCAAAAUAUUAAAUUAAAUAAGAUACUUGUCACCUCUCAGAAACAAGAAAACAUAGAUGGACAUACAAAAGGUGAUACAGAACAACUCAGUUCAGAAACAGAAACAGACUUUGAUAUACUAAGUGAGGAGUCUGGAAAUACCGACAAUGAUCGCGAUAGCGACUUGGACUUCAACGUCACUAACAGGAAGGGUACGAAGAAAAAAGAACUUGUUAAUAAAGCAAAACGCCUGUCAGCUGGAAAAGUAUAUGUUAAACGUCUUUUACAAUCUCAUGAUGAAGGGGAUGAAUCCCGAAAUAACAUACGGCCAGUUACCAGCAACGUUUUUAACCGUCCGAAUAAGAUUGUAUCACCUGUUAAAAUAGCGGGUUGUACACCUAUAGGAGUCAAACAACUGCUUUCAGAUGCUGUUGCAGCUCUACCACCAAUUCCAAAACGCUCCACAACGGCACAAAUAGACGAAAAGGCAAUCAACCCAGUUACAAGGCCACAACCAAUACCAAGUGGUAUACGCAGAGGGCCCAUUAUAGAAGUGAGUGGGCAAAAAACAACAAGCGUUCGCUCUCAGCUGCAAGGAUCGCCGCAUACGGUGAAAGAAAUUGUUAUUAAUAAGGUUAUGGCUAGUCCAAAGGGCGGAUUUACGGAAAUAGGACAGUUACUAUCUCAAAAAGAAAAGCUAACUCCAACCACUCCGACAAGUAGCACUCCAACAUCCCCGACAAGUAGCACUAAGAAUUUAGGCAACCAUUUAAUGGUUGCUCAGUCGUCCUCAAGAGGAUUUAUGCCUCUGGGUGUUGAAACUGCUGUUCAAAAUAAAUUACCUGCUCAAAUUUCAAUUCAAACUCACCAAAGCACAUCUGAAUUGGCUGCAAAAACUAAGGUUUCGAUGGAGUUGAAAUCAUCUGUUCAGCCGGUUAUUGUUCAAUCAAAUGUAUCUACCAUACACUGUUCACAAAAGGAACAAAUGUCUUCGGAACUGGCUGCAGAGCAAUUUGAUCUCAUCGUUUCAAUUGUAAAAGACGAAAUGCAGAAAUCCGCCAUGAUAGAAUCAUCAAAUUCAAAAGAAAACAUACCUAAGUUGGUGCAGAUGUUAGAAAAAGUCGAACAUAACUUGGAUUCAAAGACCAUACAAUCUAACAAGGAAAAAAAUCAAACAAAUUUCGGAUCUACUGAAACUACCGUAGAUGAUAUUGACAUUGCUAGCGCGCCACUCUUAGAAACACCGGAUGGCGAUGAGAUCCCAGAUGAUUUGCUUCAGCACGUUGUGGACCUUAUUGAAGACGAUGAAACCUUACAAGAGGCUGUUGAAAAGCAAGUGUUUGGAGGAGUUCAAAGCGAGAGAAUUGCGUGUGUGGCUUCCAGUGACACAGUUAAUACAAAGGUGUCAUCGACGAUGACAAGAUCUGUUGCUCCUACCAUUCAAGCGCAUAUUUCUGAAUCAGAUUCGGGCCAACCAAAAAGCAUUAUUGAAAUGGCCAUAUCUAACUUACCAUCUACCUCGACUGUAGCAAGCAACAUCGUACCUAUUCGUGUAGCUAAUGUUCAAACUCCGAAGGCAACACUUGCUCCAACUGUUCGCAAAGAACCCAUUCAAAUUGUGCGUGGAAAUGGUCGUGUUAUAACUUUGCCCCCUAUUGAAGCACCAACGACGCGCGCAAAGAGAAGGGCUCAAAAUCAACCAGUGUCUGCCGCCAAUUCAAAUACAACAUUUAAUGAGUCGUCCAUGGAUAGUUCAAUGCAAUCGAACUACUCAUUUUCCAUGCUGGAGCACUUUCCUUCAGCAACAGUUGAGAAGAAAAACGAAAAUAAACGUCGAGUUUCCAAAGAGUCAGUAACUGCUGGUGCUAUUGUUAGCAAAGCUAAAAAGUCUGUGGCUUCUGCUAAAAAAAGCGCAGCAGUCAAGGCGAGCGCCAGUAGAACUGGACAAGAAGAUGUUUCUGGUUCUCAAGAAGAUGACGAUGACCCGAAUAGGCUUUGGUGCAUAUGUCGGCAGCCGCACAACAACAGAUUUAUGAUUUGCUGUGAUGUUUGUGAAGAUUGGUUCCAUGGUACUUGUGUGAGCAUCACGAAAGCAAUGGGAAUAGAGAUGGAACAGAAGGGCAUUGAUUGGACCUGUCCUAAAUGUGCCAAGCUGCAGGAGGAAAAGAAACAAAGAAAAAUUACUGACAUGCUGAAACAAAGAAAAAUUACUGACAUGCUGGUUCCUAAGAAGGUUUCAUCUAAUGUCACCAGUGUUAAACACGAACAAUUGGAGCUUGGAAUCAAAGGUUUGGAUGCUGUACCUGCCAUUACUCCUUCAUCUGUCGAAGCAAACUUGUUUGAAAAUCCAAUUCGGUUGGAAACAAAAGAUGCAAGUGAGGAGAAGAAAUCAACUGAUCAAGUAAUAAAUAUAAAAGCGUCAUUGAAAAAAUCGAUAGGCACAACAAAAGCAGUCACCCCCACAUUGAAGAACAGUUCACAGGCAGCGAAUUCGAGACAGAAGAUGUUGAAUCCAUCCGUCUCUCAAAAUAAGCGACAAAUUCCAGUUUUGCAGCACGAUCUCAAGAAUAAAAUAGAUGCUGCAAAGUCAUGUUUGGCGAUCACAGCUACGAAAAGCCCACAGCAAAUGCCGAAGGACACCCAUAAGUUUGCGCUACCGCAAUCAACACAAAAUGAUGAACGAACCUCCUGUAUUGUUUGCAAAAAAGUAGCACGCCCAAAUUCAAUAUAUUGCAGUGAUGACUGUAUUCGAAAGCAUGCACAGAAUGCUCUUAAUAUGUUUGCAGCUGCUUCAGCAGCUAAGUCUCCAGACCUCACUGCAGUUUCUAGCACCAUUGAAGAAACCAGCGCAAAGAAGAAAAAGCAAAAAGGGCUUUUUGAGGACAUCCUUUCUAUGGCUGACAGAAAGCCGAAAGUUGAACGGGUGCAUGUGAUUGAGCGGAAAAGCGGUAGGGUGUUAACUGGGAGCAAUGCGCCUACAACACUAAAUCUUAAAAAAUGGCUUCAGGAAAAUCAGACGUUUGAGGUUGUACAACCGGGAGCCUUCCAAGCUCAAGGAAUGGAAAAGAAACAAAAGCAACGGCAAACACAACUAUCUCCUGUGAUUAUUUCUAGUGUUGGCAAACAUAUCACGCAGUCACCUCACACCACACAGAAUGUGCAAGUGGCUGCGUCUCCAAAUCCUACAAGCGUUUCCAAAACUCUUCAGUCUCAAAAAGAAUUCGACUCGGUCCUACCAGUGCAAAAGCCGGUAAAGCAAUUCAUUGAACAAAUAGCUAAAACUGCGCCAAACAGUCCUCGACCAGGUACACCCAAACAACUACAAAAGUAUCCACAACAAGUUUCAAUCAAACCAGACAAAGCGGCCCGCAGUGAUGCAAAAGAAGAUACAAAGGAGCGAAAGGAAAAGUCAUCGAAACAGCGGUCAGUAGUGGAUAUUGUUGUCAAAAAGCAUUCCGAAAAUGCUUCACCUGUAAGCACAAACUCUGAACCGAUUCGACUGAAUGUACGCCGUACUCUAAAAGAACAAUUGAUCCAGCGAAUGAACGAAUUGAGAGCUGAAGGUGAGAUUGGCAACAAAACUAAUGAAAAUUUGCCAAAAUUAAAUAUAGAGGAAAUAGAGAAAUUUGUUUUGGAAACGGAAGCAGAAAUGUACGAGUAUUUUAAUCGAGAUACCGGCUCUCGAUACAGGGCUAAAUAUCGAUCAUUGAUGUUCAACAUUAAAGAUAGAAAGAAUCGCACCCUAUUUGCUAAAAUUUGUACUAAAAUAAUACAACCUAGGCAACUAGUUCGAAUGUCAGCGGAUGAGUUAGCAAGCCAAGAAUUGGCACAAUGGCGCGAAAAUGAAGCAAAACAUCAGUUAGAAAUGAUAAAGAAAUCAGAACUUGAUUUGUUGUCUUGUGCUAAGAACUAUGUUUUAAAGACUCAUAAAGGAGAGGAGGUAAUAGAGGGUAAACUAGAGGACUGUGUUAAUUUAGACGUGACUAUUCCUGUUGAGGAUGUUGUGUCCGUGUUAAAUAGCUCAGUUGUGAGUAGUAGUAGCGCUAUAGAAGAAAGUGCUAAAGCAGAUAUGGGGCCAACUGCUCUUUCUUUUGAUUAUCAACAAAAUGAUGGUAAUCCUUUAGAUGAAGAAAAUAAAAAAAGUCUUUUAAAGGAAAAUGAUAGAGAGCGCGACUGUGAGAGAGGUCGAAGCCGCGAACACGGCCGAGAUCGCGAACACUCUCAUACCCGUGCCCGCUCUCACGAUAGCGAUCACAGCCGAGAGAAGCAACGAAAAAAUAAAGACCGUUACAGAGAUAAAUCAAGAUCAAGAAAGCGCAGUAGAAGUCACUCUCGAAGUCGAAGCCGCAGUCGGGAAAAACGACACAAAAGCCAUCACAAGGAAGACAAGCGGGAUAAAGAAGAACGGGAUCAAGAAAAAGACAAAUUUAAAGAAAAAGAUCGUAGCCGUGACGCUCGAUUAGAGAAAGAGGAAUUCGAUAGUAAGACGAUUGAGAAAAACACAGUUUCGAAUUCUCCAUUUAAUGUAAAUUCUAUUAAGAGUAACGCAAGCAACAUCAUUAAAGACAAGAAUAAAUUAAAGAAACCGACAACUCCAAAAUCCAUAGAAACUUUCAGUUUAAUUGAUCAAAUAUUAGAGUCUACGAAAACUGUGGAGGAGGCUGCAAAUUUAAUCAGCGAAAGAGGGAAAUUAGGGGGGAAGGAAAAAGAAAGGCAAAAGAAAGAAUCGAGCAGACAAACUAUCACGCCACCUUCGCCCACAUCUUCAGGAAUUCAAUAUAUAUCUCAACCCAGACAUUCAGUUUCGAUUGGCAACACAAGUGAUGAUCAAGAACCAACUAGUACCGUCGCUACACCUCCACAAGACCCAUACAUUCGCUACUCUGAUGUUGACUCUCCAACAUUAAGUGGAAAUGUAUCUACGGCAUGUAUAUGGAGUGGCAACAUUAAUAUGGUCGACGUUGCCUCGUUCCAGAUUGUAAUUCAACCAGUUGUUGGCAAUUCCUUAAAUCUUGGAACUUUGUUACCAGAUGAAUUAGAUGUUGUUGGACGUAUUGGACCUGAUACUGUAUGGGAGUAUAUAUCGAAAAUCAAAAGGAGUCCCAACAAGGAGAUCGUCAUAAUACGUCUGAUCCCCGCCUCGGAAUCAGAAACUUCAGCAUAUAAAGUUUUAUUCCAAUACCUUGAAAAUAGAAAUCGUUUGGGUGUUAUAAAUACUGUUUCGCCGCAGAUUAAAGAUUUUUACAUAUAUCCACUGGGGGCAGGCAAGACAAUGCCCUCAGUAUUACAACCAACCGAAAAAGUAGACUUUUAUGAAGAUCCUUAUCGGCCGGAUAUAUUGAUGGGUGUCGUAGUGAGGAUAAUUGGAAAACGUCACUCCGCGGUAUCUACCAUUUCGACAUCAUCAUCUACAUCUAAAUCCUACCGGCGUGGUACAGAAACGGUCAGCUUUACUCCACCCGGCAGUCCAAAAAGAAAGAGGCGAAUGCAUGCAUCUACACCAAAAGUUGAUGAAAUCGACGUGGAUGCUAUAAUAAAAGCUCCAAUCACUGCAAAGUCACACAAAUCUACUUCUAUGCUACUAACAUCUGUAACCGAUGAUGCUGAUGAGCCAUAUUCACCCGGAGGAAGUUCCGAUGAUGAUACCCUCAUUGCAUCAAAAAGGGCAGUAAGAGCCGAUGAGGAUGAAUUGAAACGAAAAAUGGAAGAGUUAAACCGCCAAAUCGCUGCACAAGAAAAGGAGAUAGCUGGUCUGCUAAAUGUAGAAUCGUCGUGUUUUGCGGCUUCGUCAUCAUCUAAGACCUCCGCAGCUUUGGCAAAUAUAUCUAUCCCCUCAAACCUUUCUCAAAUACUUGCCAGCAUAAAAAGCAAACCAGAAGGUGGCCAAACGCAAUUACCUGCAUCUGCACUACCGUCACAGACGUCCCUGAUUAAAACUGCAACAAAAGCCUUUAGUAAUUUGGGUCCAGAUGAAGAGUACAAUCCUGAGUUGGUUUCAUUUGAAACAAGCGCAAAACCUGCAGGAAAGACAUCUAGCCGCUUAGCUCAGUUAAGUGAAGAGGAGCUUCUGAGUAUGGUUCCUGACGGCAUGAUAGAUAUUCCACCUGUUCAAAAACCUCAGCCCCUUUGCAAGGAAAUAAAAACGCAUUUUGACGAGCCGCCACCUCCGGGCGUUUAAAUUAUUCACAACACGCAAUCAUUCUCUAUGGUGGAUCAAAGCUCCUCGUUCGUGUUAAAUAAACAAUUUUUACAUUUACAUACAUGCAUACAUAUGUACAUUUCCCUAAACUAUAAAAUUAAUCAUCAUACUUACGUAAUAGUAUGCAUUACUCAUACAUACCUGUUCAUGAAAAUCGUUAGGCAUUUUUUCUGGGGUUUAUAUAAAUCUCAUUUUCUUAUUGUUUAUUUACACAAUAUACACUAAAUUGUUAUUUUGCU